AUGACGGCGAGCGACGUGACACGUGGCCUUUCUAUUUUUCUGUCGCUCACGCCAAUUGAUUCAGCACGAGCGGAGGCCGCGCCAUCUUUGAUCACCGGAGAUUCUCAGUCCUCGAAUCGCCGAAGCCAGCAGCCUGAUACUACAUUGAAGAAAGACCCAGAUUGCUCUCGAAUUCGAUGCCGCUUGACUUAUCUAAAGAGGCUUAACUUCUCCUCGGACGCAACAUUCAUCCACACCGGAAACUCUGGUAAAAUCCAAGCAAAUCUGGUGAGUAGAUACCUCAAGCCAUACACAACGAUGAGGUAUUUUCCAGAUGGAAUACGAAACUGCUACAAUCUGAAAGUUGACAAGGGUCGUAAAUAUUUGAUCAGAGCUUCCUUUGUAUAUGGAAACUACGAUGGUUUUGACAUUAAACCGGUGUUCGAUCUUUAUCUUGGACCUAACCUAUGGGCAACGAUAGAUUUAGAAACACAGGUGAAUGGUACACGGAAAGAUCUCUUACACAACCCAACAUCAAACUCGUUGAAGAUUUGUCUUGUCAAGACUGGGACAAGUACACCGCUUUUAUCCGCCUUGGAGUUACGUCCCAUGGGGAGUGAUUCUUAUAUCACCAAGUCUGGUUCCUUGAGUCUAUACUUCUGGCGUGAUAUUAGCGAGUCAACAUCUCAGAUACGGUAUGCAAGCGACAUGUAUGAUCGCAUAUGGACACCGUACUUUCAGAAGGAAUGGACCCAGAUUUCCACUGAUCGCAAAGUGACCAAUUCCAACAGUUAUGAUCCAGCGGAAGAUGUGUUAAGAAAUGCUGCCACGCCUACUAAUGCCAGUGCGCCAUUGACGAUUGAAUGGAUCUCAGGAAUUCCUGAUGAUCAAUAUUACUACUACGCACACUUUUCUGAGAUCCAAGACUUGCAGGCAAGUGAAACCAGGGAAUUCAACAUUGUAUGGAAUGGAGAACAGCGUUACGCUCUAAUUCCAGAAAGGCUAGGCAUAAAUACCAUCUCGAACAAGUCACCGCUAACUUGCAAAGGGAAAUGUAGUUUUCAGCUGAUAAGAACCAACAACUCAACUCUUCCACCUCUACUUAAUGCUUUGGAGGUCUACACAGUUAUUCAGUUUCCGCAGUCCGAAACAGAUGAAAGCCACGUGGUUGCUAUGAAAAACAUUGAGACCACCUAUGGAUUGAGUAGAAUUAACUGGCAAGGCGAUCCAUGCGUCCCUCAACAGCUUAGGUGGGACGGUUUAAACUGCAGCAACACGAAUAUGUCCUUGCCACCAAUAAUUAUUUCAUUAAACUUGUCUUCAAGUGGUUUAACUGGAAGCAUAGCAACUGCCAUUCAGAAUCUUACGCUACUAGAAAGGCUGGACUUGUCGAAUAAUAACUUGACCGGAGAGGUGCCGGAGUUUCUAGGCAACAUGAAAUCGUUGUUGUUCAUAAACUUAAGCAGGAACGAUCUUAAUGGUUCAAUUCCUCAAUCUCUACAGAGGGAAGGACUCGAGCUACUUGUUGAAGGAAACCCAAAGCUUUGUCUCUCUGAAACAUGUAGAAAACCGCCAAAGAAGAAAGUUCUUAUUCCAAUUGUUGCAUCUGUUGCUUCUGCAACCAUUGUCGUUGCUGUAUUGGUUCUUUUUCUUGUACUUAAAAAUAAAAAGUCCACGUAUCUGCAAGGUCUACGACACCUGCUACCAUGGACGUCAACGGUGAAUGAUACAUUUGCUAAUAAGAAAAGCAGAAGGUUCACAUAUUCAGAGGUCAUCAAAAUGACAAAUAACUUCCAAAGAGUUUUAGGCAGAGGAGGGUUCGGCGAGGUGUAUCACGGUACUACUCUAAACGGUUCCGAAGUGGCUGUGAAAGUACUCUCUCAGACUUCAACUCAGGGCUAUAAAGAAUAUCAAGCAGAGGUUGAUCUUCUUCUAAGAGUUCACCAUACAAAUUUGGUGAGCCUCGUCGGGUAUUGCUAUGAAGGAGAUCACUUGGCCCUCAUCUACGAGUUGCUUCCCAAUGGAGACUUAAAACAACAUUUGUCAGGAAAAGGAGAUGGAUCAUCCAUCGUCAACUGGAGUAUUCGACUACGAAUAGCUUUGGAAGCAGCACUAGGAUUGGAGUACUUACAUAUUGGAUGCACACCGCCGAUGGUUCAUAGAGAUGUCAAAACUGCAAACAUAUUGCUGGACGAGCAUUUCAAGGCCAAACUCGCUGAUUGUGGUCUCUCAAGAUCUUUCCAAAGUGGAGGCGAAACUCGGGACGCAAGUGCAACGGCUGUUGUUGGUACUCUUGGAUACCUUGAUCCUGAGUAUUACCGUACAAGUCGUUUGUCUGAGAAGAGUGAUGUCUACAGUUUCGGGAUCGUUUUGUUGGAGAUGAUCACAAACCAACCCGUGAUUAAUCUGACCUCUGAGAAUUUACACAUAACACAAUGGGUUGGGUUUAAGAUUAACCGAGGUGAUAUUACUAAUAUUAUGGAUCCAAACCUUUGCAAUGAUUAUGACCCUAACUCUGCCUGGAAAGCUCUUGAACUCGCAAUGUCAUGCGCCAAUCCUUCUUCCUCAAAACGGCCAUCCAUGUCUAAGGUUAUAAACGAGCUAAAAGAGUGCAUUGAGGGGAUGACCAAGAAUCCAGGCUUGGAAACGACCACUAGCUUGGACACGUCGGUGGUUCCCACGGCAAGAUAA